GCCUGCUGCUGUCGUCGUCGUCGACUUGAUGUUUUUCGCGUUUUUUUCCGCCCCAACCGGACUGCGUCGAAAUUCGCUUCGGAACCGCUAAAUCGCGCUCGAAUCCGCUCCAAACCAGUGCCAAUCGGUGCCCCGGGGCUCCGUGCAUCGCGGGGUGAUAUUUGCCGGUCGCGGCCAGUGUUUUCCGGCGCGUGGGGACGGUUUUUCCGCGCGGGUCUGUUCGAAAUUUGGUGAAGCCGCCGCCGCGCGACGAGGCGAGAAGAGCAAGCAAGCGAGAAGAAGAGUCUGUGUGUGGAGGGGAAGAAAACGAGAGCAGCCUCCUCCUUUUUGGGCUGCUGGGCAGCGGCCAGACAGCGGUGAAUCUGGUCGGGAACGGAUCCGGGGUUUGAAGCGGAUCGGAUCCACACCGGAAGAAGAGAGAUACACCCACGAUGAAUAUGUGUUAAGAUAAAAAAUAAAUGAAUUUGUACCAUCACAUCGCCGUGAUAUAGAUAAGGAAACAGAAAAGUUUUACGUUCCGUGCAACUGAUAGCAAACGGCACUGACCGUUUGCAGUGAAAGCUCUUUUUAAAAAAUCCGGCCUCCCAGCCGGAACUACAGUCGUUGCACAAAAACCGUAAAAAAAGCCCCACAAAAUGGCCAACCUGACCGACGGCGAUCAGAGCUUUUGCAGUGCCGGUGGUGGCCCGGUGGCCACGGCACCAACCACGUCCACACCAACCUCGGCCUCGGGAGUGGCCAUCGGCGGCGCCACUUCCACGACGGGCCCGACCUCGGCCGCGGCGCAGACCACGACGACGGCAUCGUCCGGAGCAACCACCGGCAGUGGGGGCGUUUGGGCCGAAUUCUGCGAACGACACGCCCGGGCCGCUUCGGCGGAUUUUGCGCGUUCCUGCGUGCACUACGUUACCAACAACCUGCCGGAAUCGGCCCGCCAAACCGUCUCGCACCGGGACUUUAUGCGGCGCUUCAUCGAGUGCUUCCAGGAACACUUUGAGCACGACUUUUACCGGAGGCGCAUGCAGAGCAAGACCGGCAACGGCACCGCGAUGGUCCUCGAGGAAAGCGACUACUCCGAAGACACCGACUCGCCCAAAACCAACCACAAGCCCUUCUUCCGACGGUUGUCGUUCAAGGGUUUGCGCAAGGGCAAGGUAAUCCAUGCCCUCUUCCACAAGCAGCACUCGGACGAGGUCGAGCUGUCCGGCAGCCGGGCGUCCAAAACCAAACUGGCCAAGAUCGUGGUCGAGUGUCGGAAGGAGGGCACCGUCAACUACCUGACGCCGGAGAGUCUCGAGCAGCCGAGCAACUCGCACAAGUGGGAAAAGUGCAAACUGGUGCUGGUCAAAACGGUCGGCGGGUACAUGCUCGAGUUUUACUCGCCGCCCAAGAGUCAGAAGCCCCGCAGCGGCGUCUUUUGCUUCCUGAUCACGGAGGCGCGCGAGACGACCGCGCUCGAGAUGCCGGACCACGAGAAUACCUUCGUGCUGAAGGCGGACAACAACAUGGAGUACGUGAUUGAGGCGCGCGACACCGACGACAUGCGCAGCUGGCUGGCGACGAUACGCUACUGUAUGCGUAGCACUCCCACGUCCCAGCUGCCACCGAUUUCGGACCUGACCGGGGCGAACCAGAGCGUUACGACGCCCGGGCAGGGCCAGGGUCAGGGACAGCAUAACAACAGUACCUCGAUAUCGCACGGAGGCGGUGGAGGAGGAGGAGGAGGAGGGUUGUCGAGUAGUUUGGUGAACGAAGUGAACAGCCUGACGCUGAACAACCAGUCGGCGUUGAACGCGGUGCCGACGAUGAUGGCGCCGGAGUUGCCGCCGCGCCGUCCCGACGACAGAAUAUCGUCCUCGUCGAACUUUGAGCUGACCGAGACGGACCUGGAGCCUGCGCACGAAACCGACACCGACCUGACGGCGAUGAUGCGCGAGUAUCCCUGGUUCCACGGCACGCUGGCCCGGUCCGAGGCGGCUCAGCUGGUGCUGCACAACGGUAUCUCUAGUCACGGUGUGUUCCUGGUGCGGCAGAGCGAAACCCGCAAGGGCGAGUUCGUGCUCACGUUCAACUUCCAGGGCAAGGCGAAACACCUGCGCAUGACCCUGAACGAUCUGGGCCAGUGCCGGGUACAGCACCUCUGGUUUCCCUCCAUCACCGAGAUGCUCGAGCACUUCCGGCAGCACGCGAUCCCGCUCGAGAGUGGCGGCACCGCCGACGUCACGCUGACCAACUUUGUCGUGCUGCCGUCGCACGCGAUGGCCGCCCAGCACCAGCAGCAGCAGUCCAACAGCAACAACUACUCGACGACCACGAUCGGCGCCGGAGCCACUUCCGGUGGAACCGCCGGUACGGCCAGUGCCAACAAUCCCAACACCAGCCCCAGACAUCCCCUGCAAGUGAUCACCAUGAACGGCAGCGUGCGCAUCAAAACGUGCGACCUGGAGCUGUCCCAGCAGACCGUUUCGACGGUGCACCAACAGCAGCAGCAUCAGCAUCACCACCACCACGACGGCCAAGCCGGAGCGUCGUCGUCGUCCACUGGACAGUCCGGGGGUGGUGGUGGUGCCAACGCGUCCGCCGGCGGAGCAACCGGUGACGAUGGCCAACGGGCCGUCGACAACCAGUACAGCUACGUCUGAAGGUGGCCGAUAAUCUCGAACAUUUACCAGCAUGCUUGGAAUUGAGAAACACGAACACAAACUUGAUUAUUACACUAGUAGGUAGUUUAAAGACAGACAGAUACUAUUGUAAUUCGAAAGGAGGAAACGGAAAUAGGGCAU